AAAGAGAGGUUUUAGGACCCUGAGGCGGCGCCGCCUGAGCCGACCGCGGUAUCUCGGCCGCCUAGCUCCCUGCUCCCUCUCCAGCAGGUGAAUUGAAUUUGGCCGUCCCCUCCCCCCGGGCGGGCCAUGGCUCCCGGGUGCCCCAGGCUCCUGCCCCUGGGGACCGGUCCCGGGGUCUGGGCUUCCUCCCGGGCCGCGCCCUGCCCCUCGGCCGCCGCCCUCUCUCUCGCCCGCCCCCCCGGGGCUGGGUGCGCAGUGAAAUGCGGUUUGGCUUUGCGCGUAAAGGGAACGAGACCAGAAGUUAGGAGAUCGCGGAGGGGGGAGCCGCGCAAGCAGCCUCUGCCGCUUCCUGCCGCCCCCACCCCCUCCCCAGCCCCAGCCCUCGGGCCCCGGCCUGGCCGCCCGCAGCCUGACUUCCUUCGCCCCGCCCGGCUGCGCUCCGCCGCUCCCCGGGGGCCCGCCUGGACGGGACGCCCGUGGUGCCCAGGGUCCCCCAACUGUCAGCCACCGGCCUCGGGCACCAUGGAUUGAGCGCUUGGAGCCGCCGAGACACCCAUCUGCCAGAGCUACUACCCCUGGGCACCCCUGCCGGCAGGUCUGGAGCCCCCACCUCCUGGAAAGCUGGAUUUCGGAGCCUGGAGGCGUCUGGCGGGCUGGGUGGGCAGCACCAUGGGCAACGCGGCGGGCAGCGGGGAUCACCCCCCGGCUCCUGCCACCCUGCCCCACAAGCAGCCUGCAGCCCCGAAGCAGCCGAUGCCCGGGGCCGGAGAGCUAGAGGAGAGGUUUAACCGCGUCCUGAACUGCAUGAACCUGCCGCCGGACAAGAUCCAGCUCCUGAGUCAGUAUGACAGUGAGAAAAAGUGGGAGCUGAUCUGUGACCAGGAGCGGUUUCAAGUCAAGAACCCCCCAGCGGCCUACAUCCAAAAACUUAGGAGCUACCUGGAGACAGGUGGAGUCAGCAGAAAGGUGACAGCUGAUUGGAUGACAAACCUGGGGUUUAAGAGGCGAGUUCAGGAGUCCACACAGGUGCUUCGGGAGCUGGAGAUUUCACUGAGGACCAACCACAUUGGGUGGGUACAAGAGUUUCUGAAUGAAGAGAACCAGGGCCUGGAUGUGCUGCUGGAGUACUUGGCCUUCGCCCAGUGUUCAGUCGCGUAUGACAUGGAGAGCACAGACAAUGGGACCCCCAGCCCAGAGAAGAGCAAGCCUCUGGACCAGUCAGUUGAAGAUCUUGGCAAGGGUUCUCCGCCUUCUUCUUCCUCCUCCCUUUCCCAGGGCAAAGGCCGUCACCUGACUGUCAGAUGUCCCCCUUCUCCCCGACUAAAUCCAGCUCACAGCCGGAAGACCCUCAGGAACUCCCGUAUUGUCAGCCAGAAGGACGACGUACAUGUAUGCAUUAUGUGUCUCCGUGCAAUCAUGAAUUACCAGUCUGGCUUCAGCCUCGUCAUGAAUCAUCCAGCCUGCGUCAAUGAGAUUACCCUGAGCCUCAACAACAAGAGUCCGAGAACCAAGGCUCUAGUGCUGGAGCUACUGGCUGCUGUGUGUCUGGUGCGGGGAGGACAUGACAUCAUUUUGGCUGCCUUUGACAACUUUAAAGAGGUGUGUGGUGAGAAGAACAGGUUUGAGAGAUUGAUGGAGUAUUUCCGGAAUGAAGACAGCAACAUUGACUUCAUGGUGGCUUGCAUGCAGUUCAUCAACAUCGUGGUGCAUUCAGUGGAGAAUAUGAAUUUUCGAGUCUUCUUGCAGUAUGAGUUCACCCACCUGGGCCUGGAUGUUUACCUGGAGAGGCUUCGGCUUACAGAGAGUGACAAGCUCCAGGUGCAAAUUCAGGCGUAUCUGGAUAACGUUUUUGAUGUGGGCGCCCUUCUAGAAGACACAGAGACCAAGAAUGCUGUUCUGGAACACAUGGAGGAGCUUCAGGAGCAGGUGGCCUUGCUGACAGAGCGGCUCCGGGAGGCAGAGAACGAGUCCAUGGCCAAGAUAGCUGAGCUGGAGAAGCAGCUGAGCCAUACCCGAAAGGACUUGGAUAUACUCCGGGAACGCCACAGUGAGUGUGCCACCAUGGGGACCUCCCAGCUGCCUCCUGAACCCAAGAAGGUGCCCAUACUCACACCAGUCCCGGUCCAACCCUCUGCCCUGGAGCUUAAAUUGGAGGAGCUGGAAAAGAAAGGGUUAAUCCAAAUUCUAAGAGGACCUGGGGGAGACAUCACCAUUGAGAUCAUCCCGGUUGUUGUGGCAACUCCAUCUGACAUGAUGACGCCACCGACGACAUCGAUGACGGCCAGGGCUCCCGACUCUUCUGGCACAGAUCUCCCACCUCCAGCAACUCCUCCCGCUGCAUCUGUGGGUCCUCUGCCACCACCGCCACCUCCACCAUUGCCACCAUCUCCCCCAAGCCCUGGUGUCACUUCACCUCCCCAUCAGGAAACCCCACCUUCAGCACCUCCUCCACCUCCGCCCCUUCCUGGUAGCCUGGGGCUACCCCCUGCCCCACCGCUGCCUGGGACAUCCCCUGCCCCACCGCUGCCUGGGACAUCCCCUGCCCCACCACCUCCGCCACCCCCACCACCAGGGAUGAAUGGAACCGUGCCCCCUCCUCCUCCUGGAGGACUUCCUGGUGCCAUUGGGGGGCUCACUACUGCUCCAGAUAGUGCAGUGAAGGCCAAGAAACCAAUUCAGACCAAGUUCCGGAUGCCAGUGUUCAACUGGGUGGCCCUAAAGCCCAAUCAGAUCACGGGCACUGUCUUUACUGAGAUCAAUGAUGAGAAAGUCUUACAGGAACUGGAUAUGAGUGACUUUGAAGAACAGUUCAAGACCAAGUCUCAGGGUCCUUCUUUGGACUUGAACGCCCUAAAAGUGAAGACAACACAGAAGGCCCCCAGCAAGGUGACGCUCAUUGAGGCCAACCGGGCAAAGAAUCUGGCCAUCACCUUACGCAAGGGGAACCUGAGCACGGACCGGAUCUGCGAGGCCAUAGAGACGUAUGACCUGCAGGCCCUCAGCUUGGACUUCUUGGAGCUCCUCACUCGAUUCCUUCCCACCGAGUACGAGCUGAGCCUCAUCGGACGCUAUGAGAAGGAACAAAAGCCAGUGGAGGAGCUGUCAGAUGAGGACCGGUUCAUGCUGCGUUUCAGCCGGAUCCCUCGACUCUCUGAGAGAAUGGCCACUCUGGCCUUCCUGGGCAACUUCCCCGACACUGCACAAAUGCUCAUGCCGCAACUCAAUGCCAUUAUCGCCGCUUCGAUGUCCAUCAAAUCCUCUGACAAGCUCCGAAACAUCUUAGAGAUCGUCUUGGCCUUUGGGAAUUACAUGAACAGCAGUAAACGAGGGGCGGCCUAUGGUUUUAGACUACAAAGCCUUGAUGCACUGCUGGAGAUGAAGUCAACAGACCGGAAACAGACUCUACUGCACUACCUGGUGAAGGUGAUUGGAGAGAAGUACCCCAAACUCACCUGUUUCCAUGCUGACUUGCACUUUCUGGACAAGGCUGGGGCCGUGUCUCUAGACAGUGUCCUCCAGGACACCAGAGCUCUCCAGCGAGGCAUGGAGCUGACGAGGAGAGAGUUCAUGCGCCAAGAUGAUAAUCCUGUGUUGAAGGAAUUCUUGAAGGUCAACAGUCCAAGUAUGGAGAAGUUGCUGGCUGAUGGCAAGACAGCGCAGGAGGCAUAUGAAUCGGUGGUGGAAUAUUUCGGAGAGAAUCCCAAGACCACACCCCCAUCUACCUUCUUCCCUGUGUUCAGUCGCUUCGUCAAAGCAUAUAAGAAAGCAGAGCAGGAGAUUGAACAGUGGAAGAAACAGGAGGCCUCAGCCCAGGAGGCAGGAGCUCCCAUCCCAGGGGAAGGCCAACCUGCAGAGCCCAAGUCCCCUCCCAAGGCCCGGAGGCAGCAAAUGGACCUCAUUUCGGAGCUAAAGAGGAAGCAGCAGAAGGAGCCACUCAUCUAUGAGAGUGACCGUGACGGGGCCAUAGAGGACAUUAUCACUGAUCUUCGGAAUCAGCCAUACCGAAGGUCGGACACUGGCCGGCGGAGUGGCCGCCGAAAGCCCUCCGGCACUCCCCUGCAGGUGACCUCGGACAUCGCAGUGUAGCCCCUGGGCAGCGGCUCGGACCCCUCCCCUCCUCUCCUCCAGCACCAGUGGAGCCCUCGGGAGGUGAGGCCUCGAGGGCAGGGACAAAGCGCCUCAUGUAUGGGGUCAACAGAGAGUUCCCUUUCCCACCAUUUCGGAAAGUAGUGCGCCCGGCACCUUUGGGAAGGACAGUCACGAGGAAUGGGGAGAAAACGCUCGCUUUCCCGCUCUUGGGGGCACCCCCCCUUCGAUGCACUUCCUCUUCUUACUACAGAGGGGCAGCACAUCCGGGCCCUAGACCGUGACCCGGCCCAGCCCCACCCCCAAUGCCAGAUGUUGCCCCUCCUCUUUAACCUUUCAUCUUGUAAGCCACGUUCAGUUAUCAGACAUGUGAUUCCCGAGAAUUUAGGGAAUGCCCCCUACCCUUUGCCCUUGGCCUGGGGACUAGGGGAGGGAAAGGGGGGAGGGGAGAGGGAGAACCCCGGGGACUUAUUUUUAUACAAGGAACCAAUAAAUGGAUUUGGAAGAUA